UUUAACAGUUCUUUCGCCUCUAUUUAUUAUAUGAGAAUCGUGUUGAGAAUGAAUACAAUGAAUAGUAUUGCACAAAGCACAUGUAUAGUUCUGUAAGAUGUUUUUACGUAAGUUUUUUUAUUACGUUAACAGCGACCGUAAAUCUAUUGACCGCAUCAGCCAAUGUUCUUACACGUCUCCAAUCACAAACUUACACGUUGAAGUUUGUUAAAAAUCUACAUCCUUCAAGAAAAGAGCAUCAACUAUACAAAAACAUUUUUAUACAAACGAUUUGGUCAUGUACAUUAAAAAAGGAAUCCUUUGACAAUACCAAUUAAGAUAGACUAGCAUCACCACCACAAUAGAAAUCAUCAUCAUUUAAUCAAAAUUGAAUUGGUCAACAUGAUGUUCCUUCUUAUAUAACUUAAGAAUUAAUUAUGGAUUUUCAAAUUUUACAGCUCAACAAUGUCCAAAAUGAAGAAACUUGUAGAGAUCAAAUAAUUAGAAAAAUAAUAAUUCAAUAUCAGUGCCAUAUUAAACUACCAAUUAAUUGAAAACAACAAAUAUUUUCACUCGACAAAAGAUUAUCCUUUUCAUAGCUGAACAUCCGUUCCAAAAAGUGAAUCCGCAUGGUGACAAUAAUCAUACCCAUAUACGUAGUUAUAGUCGUUUUUGUAACGCUACUCAUCAUACUUUAGCAAUGCGUAUUUGUAGAAUCAUUCUGCAAAUGAGGAAUCGGUCCAUUAGUCGGUCCAGCCGUUGCCGUCUUCCAAUGCUGUUUUACCACGUGACUGGCUACGAAUGGGUUGUGCUAUAGUACCGCCAGAACAGAGUUCUCAUUCCAGCCGUACCAGCUUCCUUCAUAGAAUAAAUGGAAAUAGAAAACGCUACAAAUUAUUUCAUUGCCGUCGUCAUUUCGUCGAGAUGUUUUAUUGAGAGGUUUUACAACAAUCACCGCUUUGUAGCAUAAAGGAAGCAGAUCGUGAUAUUUUAUGUUGUUUGCUGCAUAAAAUAAAUUAUUGUUUGACAGAACUGAGUGCGCAUUAGUUGCGCCUCCCGAGCUACGCAAUAGCAUCAACACGGAAGUAUUCAAAGGACCAGUACACACUGUCCACUGGCAACGAUACUUGGAUACAGCGAAGGUCAGCGAAUAUGGCUAAAGUUUCAGUCAGCCCACAUCACAAUCCGAUGAUCAUCGAUAUGAUGGAGAUCAGUAAAAAACGUCCACCCAAACUGAAAUCUACUGACAGAACCGUUUCAGUAAGGAUUGACGACUAUUCGCCUCGGAGUGGUGCAGAAUGCAAUGCUCAAGGUAGUGGCAUUGGGACCGGUAUUGGAACGCCUAUACUACUAGAUAACAGCCUAAUCUUACACCAGGGCCCAGUCGAACACCUUUCUCCAUUGCCAAGACAGAAACUUUCACCGGAUCCCAAAGUGUUCUUCCGCAACGAUGCCUCACCGACUUCAUUAAGGGUAGAGGAUCCCUGGAGCAUCGCUAGAAAGCAGUUCCGUCGAUCCGAUACGUUGCACGUAUACUCCCCUUCUAUGCAUCAGUUGAGAAAGGCUACAUCAUUUCAUUCUCGCAGCAAUAGCGGUGGGUCAAACUCUGAAGAUUUCGUUACGGCACCUAUCAUUCGCCAUAGCAGUGUUAGGCACACUCACAUUUAUCCACGCGAGUAUAUGGUUAAGCAAGAUAGCGGCGGUGAAAACAGUAGCGGAAGGUUAGAAGACGAAGAUGCCCAGCAUACAACGGUUAACUAUCAUCACUCGCCGAAUGUCGGUAACAGACGAAACUGUCAUAUGCACCGCUCGUUCAACGAUCAGCAAAAAAGGAACACGUCCUUUCUUCGACGAGAUUCAGUCAAGUUUCAUUCACUUGGUGAAGAUAUACCUACAGAAGUCGUUCAGCGUAGCCCAAGAGAAAGCAAAAAGUUUAGUUCAGCGAACGCAUCGCUGGAAAAUGAAAUUUACCGUUCUCGCAGCAAUAGUAGAACGGAAAAGAAGGGCGAAUCGUUUUCGGAUUUUGUUAUUCGUCAAAAUAGUAAGAAAUACAAUAAAAAAAACAGCGCGACAAGCCUGGACAAGGCACUACCCUAUGCUGCUGCCAGCGGAGGAGAAAGUUUCAGACGAUCACUAAUCCAGCACUCUCAAAAACAUAUGCUGGGCCCAAAUUCGCCUUUGAUGGACGAUUUAAAACAAUUGAAAUCGCCAAUUUUUGAUCAGAAGAAAUCUUACUCAUUACGCUAUAAAAACGGACGACCAGAUGCCCGGGAGAAUUUUAAAGCAAAAAAAUCUAAAAGUUUCAUUGUCGAUUUAGAACCACCUCCAUCGGCGAUUAUUAGUGCAACCAACAGCCCAUAUCGGAAAGCUAGCAUAGGACUCUCAACUGAAGAAGCGGAAAAAAUAUGCAAAGCGUCACGCAAACUUUCUUCCAGUCUUAUGUUGGAUGAUCUCGGCCGGGCAGAUGUGUCUCCUAUACCUAUGGAUAUCAUGGACAUCAAUUAUGGUGUUAUCAUGAAAACGUACCAAAUGAAUCGUCAAAAGUCAAUAAAUGCGUCUCGUCGUAAGAGUAGGCGAAAAUUGACAGACUCGCGCAAAAAGUUCGCUGAUAAUAGCUUUGAUGAUGACACCGAGUCAUCUAAAAAAAGGAAGCGCAUCCUGUGUAUCGUUAUAUCCGUUUUCUUGGCCUUAGCACUGUUCAGUGUGUUGGCAGUACUCUUGACCCUCACGCAUACAAGUUCCAGUACCAGUAUAACGACUCCGACUAAAACACAGUAUACAUUUGCUCGUGAUACGCCAAUACACGCCAUCCCUACGUAUAUGGUCUCAAAGGAUUCACCAAAGCACUACAAUGGAGCUAAUUGAUGCGACAUGUUUAAUCACCAUAGUCCACAUUACGUACCGUUUAUCUACAGCGUGAUGUCAAAUAUAAAGCUCAGCUAGCAAUGCUCCAGAAACUAUCACAUGCUAUGCAGUACAGACGCCAGUAACCUGUCGUCGCCGGCCAAUAUUAGUUCGCUCAUAUAAUAGGAUGAGUGAUAGCAGCUAAUCUUCACAAUAUCUGACAAAGUGCCAUGGACGACCCUUAAGUAGUUAAACACUUACGGAUGAGGGCGCCCAAAUAAUUUUAUAAAUCAAUCACAAUCAGUGACGGGGUUGGACUGCGGCAUCCGGCAGAGGGUAUGGAAAGUGAGGUUUCGAUUUAUCAAGAAAAAUAAGAAUUUAAGCAAAUGGUAAUAUUCAAAACCACAAUUUUGUCCACCGACGGCAGUGAAAUUAACAGGGCAACACUAGUAUAUGAAAUAUUUCUGCUUUAGAAUGGGUGUAUUGGAUGAUUUUCUUAAAACUCCCAAGUGAAAUGUCAAAGGAAUGCAGUAAACUUAUUAAAAACAAGUAAAAUGAAAGCUAACGUAUUAUAAAUAAAAACCGAAACUAAACAAACCUAAAACUUAUCUGUUAUAAACCAUGACUUACAAGGGAUAAGCAAAUAAACUUAAACAAACAUCGGUUAAACUAGAAGUGUGUAAAUAACAAAACAAGCAACAAUUAAUACUUUUAAUCGAAACAAAAGAAAAAAAACCAAUCAAACCGAAUAAGUUGCAUGAACCUCGAGAAGAAGAUCAUGCAAAAAGCCGAUGGCAGAAAACGAUGAAACUGAAUACUUAGGAGCAUUCUUAAAAUAAUGUAACUAAGUGAACUAUUCUUUACGAAUGAUGAUCGUGGAAAUUUCCACCUUCAGAGUAAUGCUAAAUCCAUUCCAUUUAAUUCUUUCACAUUUUAACUGAAAUUUCAAAACAGUAAACAAAACAAACGGAUUCGCAUCAAUCGUCAAAGCGGGUGCACUUCAGGCAGUAUUUCUCCAAGUGCUGUAGGUAUUUGAUAAUAUUUGUAAAACAUUCAUGUCUCGAUAUCGAUAUGGAAAUAUCGAGGUUUUGCAAAAGAUGCCAGUUUGGUGAUACUGUGAAUCAUAGCUAAUCUCUGUUAAUUAACAAGAAAAUGUAUGAAAAUGUCACGCCCGCUUCAAAAUCAGUGGCCUUAUGAAACAUGUUAAACAAAUAUAAUUGAAAAUCGUGAAAUAUAGAAUUUGUAAUAUCGUUGGUAAGGGACGGCAGAUGCACAACGUAUAACCAUCGAACAUUAAUGAGAGCGUCUACUUCAUAUCGAAAAACGUGUAUGGUAAACGUGCAUAUAUUGGAAUGCAUUAAAAAACAAGGUAAAUUGAAAAGGUAAGGUCAUGUUAUGAAAAGGAUGAAAAGUAAACAUUUUACUCAAUAAUAAUGAACUGAACUUGAAAUAUCAAAAAAUGACAGACGUUUGAAAGUAUGGCGAACCACGAGUGUUAAGCUACUAUGAUGGAGGAGAUUAGGAUUUCAGUUUUAAUCAUGAUCUUUUGUAUUGCGUUUUUUAACCACCAUGGAAAUAUAUGUAUGCUAGGUAUUGACAUACUUUAACAAAUGAAUCUUUUCUUUGGUGCAAAACAUAAUUUCAUACGAUGUGUAGUUUAUUCAAACUAAGCGAAUCGUUUCUAUAUUAAUUGGCUAGUUUGUUAAGCAACCAACGAAUCUACGACCAAUAUUAAAAUAUACAUUUUCUUAUCAUGUUUCAGGUAACGACUCCUUAUAUUUGUGUCAUCAAUGAAACCCCAUUUAAUAAGUAUAACUGUUAUUUACAUGAAAUUGAAAUUUAUUUAAAUUGUAUAGAGCUCCUUGAAUCCAAGGCAAACAACCAAGUCAUUCGAUACAUUCACUAUUUUUUCUUUAUAACUUACGCGUGACAGUGAAAGCAUGCGUCAAUGUGACCAUUAUCGCCUCACCAUCAUGAGCUCCCAAAUAUUUAAUCAAUCCUAUAUAUCUUCCUCAUAUUACAUUUCAUUUCAGU